AUGAAUAAUCGAGUAGACCAACCGUUAGAAUAUUCUAGUUCAACAAUCAAUAACAAUAGUUCAGUACCUUCAACCACAGUGAUAACAUCACAAAAACAACUAUCAAAUGCUAAUCUGCAAGGAUCUGAUACAAAAUUUCAAAUAAGUCCCGGUACAAUACAGAAUGAUGAGACGAUGGGUGCUGUCGAUGACAGUAAUAAUCCCGGGCGUUUUCAAAUGAUAAGAGUCGAUAGAAGUUUUGGUCGAGGUCGAUGGAAGAUAAAUGACUAUGAACCGCCGGCAGAUUUGAAUGACAGUGACGGUGUUAAUACAAUAAGUUUUCCCGUAUCAUUAACGAAUAAUGACGGAAAAAUAACCAUGCCAUCGUUACCUCUCACAACCAGUACAACAACAACGUCAAAUGUCGAUAACACAACAAUGACUACUGCCGCUGCGGCCGCUGCAGCAGCAGCUGUCGCAGCCUCUCAAAGAUUGUCAGCUACUCAGGCCGCUGCCAAUAUGCCACCACCCGGUUUAAUGUAUUCACCGUCAUUAGCAAUUCCAAAUAUUCAAAAUCAAUCACUUUUUGUACCAAAUCUAACAUAUUUUCCACCAGGAUUUGGAAGUUUUUAUCCUCAUCCACAAUAUCCAUUCCCAACUCCACAAUAUGCUCAAUGGGUAGCUGCGAUGGCUGCUAGUCAGGCUCAAAUGGGUUUAAAUCCAUCCACGUCAAUGCCGCCCUAUUUAUCUCUUCCAUCAACUGCUAAUCUAAACGAUAAUAUUCGGCAACAUUUAGACGCCAAUUAUACUGGUCCUGACCAUAAUGGUGAUGUUUCAUCAAAUAAUUUAUAUAGUACCAGUGAUGCCAUAAGUAAUUCUCAAUUAGCGCAAUAUCUAUUUGGGCAACAGUUUCCGUCAUCAGUUCAAAAUCAAUAUUCAUCAUUUUCACACCACCACCCCCACCAUCAUCAACAACAACAACAAUCACUUGUCUCUGAACUACUACAACAGCAGCAGCAACAACAACAACAACAACAAUCACUUCUGUCUGAACUACUACAGCAGCAGCAGCAACAACAACAACAACAAUCACUUGUCUCCGAACUACUACAGCAACAACAAAAACAAAUUGCUUCGGAACAAACAAAGCCAUUACUAACAUCACCAUCUAAAAAGGAAAACGAUAAUCAACAACAAAAUAAUUUAACAAACGCGAAUCAAAUUUCAGUGAUAAAAAAUCCGAUUCAAUCAUUACCAGUGACAACGCAUGAUUUGAAAACAAUCGGUCAGACUAUCGAUAAAUCUAUAUCAGACAUUCCACCGAAAUUAACGAACGAAUCAAUAGGAAAAUCCCAAGAUUCAAACACAUCCAGUAGUGUAAUGACAUCACCAAUGACUACCACGCCUCAACAUAUUCUUUCACCUAUUAUACCACAGUUUCGACCACCACAAAACGUUACACCGACAACUUUAAACAAUAUUUGGAAUAUGACGACAACACCGUUAAACCUAUCACAAACAGCUCAAACAGCAGCCGCUACAGCUGCUGUGGCCAUGGAAUUGCUAAAUGUUGGUACUGGGAAUGAAAGCAAAAAUCAAGAAAUAGCAAAUGAAAUAUUAAAAGAAUUAACCACACCAACUAAGCAGCACAAAUUGAUUCGUCAGCUAAGUACGACUGAUAUUGACAACAAGAUUUCAGCCGCAAUGGAUUUAGUCAAAAUGCAUUUAUUAUCUGCUGUACGAGAAGAAGUUGUCGAUUUACGUCAACAAAUAAAAACAUUAAAUGAAAAAAUAUCUUUAUGUGAACUUGAGCGUGACUAUCUUCGUCAACAUGUUCCGAGUGAAAUUUUAGCUCAGUUUAAUCCUACAAUCAAUGCUAAUUCUACUAAUAAUAACAGCAACAUAGACGGUACCGUGUCUUCAAAUAUGAUGACAACUACAGCAAAUUCAAUCAUUGCUCCCAUUGCGAACAGUAUUAUCACACCUACUAGUCAACUUCUUUCUUUACCCUCAUCUUCAGCAACAGCAACAGCUUCUGCUCCUCUGAAUUCAACAUUGCAAAACACUUGA